AUGUCGACAGACGAAGCCCCCGCCGGGCAAACACACGAGAGCACGGAACAUGCUGAGUCACACUCAGCCAACGACGGCAUCAACAAGGCAUUGUCCGAAACAACCCCUAGCGAUGGAGCGGUACACAUAGACGGCACUUCUAGCAGCAAACCCGUCGAGGGUCGUUCUUCUCCGCCGACACCCAUGCAGGCGGAGACGAGAGAUGUCGAUGUUGAAGAGGAAGGAGAUUCCUCACUGCUUCUGAGCGCCUUCAAAUUGGACCUGCAAGAGUUUUUGAACUUUGUGGAAAAAUGGUUGAAGCCCCAGAUUGACUUGUACACAGCAGUACGAGAAGGACAAGUCUCCAAGAUCUCGUUCGAAAACUUGUGGAUGCUGUUUCAUCGCAGCGACACCAUCUACUGCCUCAACAAGAAAGGUUACCUGGUACCGGGAGUCCGCGAUACCAGCGUUGGGUUGAGUUCUUCCUUAUAUACGAGCCGAAGUGAGCCCACGCCCCAGGCGUACUCUGUUGUACAUGCCUCAGGAGGCGUGGCCUCAAGCCAAAGGAGAGGGCCGAAGGGCAUCGCCCAGUUCAGUGAUUUGGUACAAGAAAACAGAGUGCGCCAAGAAGAGGUGGUUCUGGGCAUUGGAGAGCGGUUUACCCCGCUGGUGGUGCACUGCUUCUGUAUAAAAUCUGAUGCAGACAGAUACACCGCCGUCGAUGACUGUUUCAUGUUCAAGCCUUUCGAAGGGGAAUCAGAGAUCACCAACCUUGAAGCCUUCCCCCUUCGCUUCCAUCGACAGAAAGAUCGAGUGGUGGAGGACGUUCUGUAA